UCCCAACACAUACUGUUUCCUGCCUUUGGUGAGAUAGCAACCUCAGCUCUAACCAAAUAUGUUACCUGGCCGAAUUCCUAAUUAGUCAAACGGCAGCACGAUCGAAUAUCCCUCCGCUGUGUUUGACUUUCCUCUGGCGCAGGCGGAGAGCGGGAGGAGUAAGGGGUGAGCAGCUGGCCGGCAUGUCUGCGUUCUCCGAGGCGGCCCUGGAGAAAAAGCUGUCGGAUCUGAGUAACUCUCAGCAGAGUGUGCAGACCUUAUCCCUAUGGCUGAUUCACCAUAGAAAGCACUCCAGGGUCAUUGUUGCCGUAUGGGACAGCGAGCUGCGGAAAGCAAAGCCUAGUAGAAAGUUGACAUUUCUAUACCUGGCGAAUGAUGUGAUUCAAAACAGCAAGAGAAAAGGACCUGAAUUUACAAAAGACUUUGCGCCUGUUAUUGUGGAUGCAUUUAAACAUGUUGCAAGUGAUACUGAUGAGAGCUGUAAGAAGCAUUUGGCUAGGGUUCUCUCUAUAUGGGAAGAGAGGGCUGUGUAUGAAAACGAUAUACUGGAGCAACUGAAGACAUCUUUAU